AUGACGACGGCUCCUGUUGAGUACCCUAUUGAGGAGAAAGGACCUGACGAUGCACCCGUAACAUCAGACGAGGCCCCUGCAUUCUGCUCACUGGAGAAUCUGAAGGUUGCACAGGUGCAGGUGGUUGGCGGUGGUUUAACCGGCUUAUCAAUCGGCUUCGUUGGUGUGUACGCCAACUUCUAUCUGACCUCUACAGACUGUUCACUGUACAAAUCAGAUACGGCCUGCAGCACAGUAAAAAAUGCGCAAUGUGCAUGGAACACCACAACAACUACAUGCGGGUGGAAGGACUUCACGUGCAGUGCCACGUACAACACUGAGGCUGCGUGCCUCGCAGACGACAGAUGCCACUGGGUGUACAGUGAUAAGAUUUGUAAGAAUCCGGUUGGAUACAGUUCGACCUACCUCGGGAUCUUCGCUGGUUCCGGUGUAGUCAGUGCAUUUUUCGGAUGCAUUUUUGCUGGGAAGUUCAUAUCACGAUUCGGGCACAAGGUGUCAUUUUUGGUUAUUGGCAUCGUUUGUAUUAUUGGAUCGGUAAUGUGCCACAUUGCUACCGCUGUAAAUCAGUUCUGGGUGCUGUGCGCUGGUCGUUUUCUGCUUGGUCUCGUACUGGGUCUCGCAACUGUUGUUGCCCCAGUGUACGUUGACCAGAACGCACACCCGAAGAACUCCAAGAUGGAUGGUGUGCUGCUCCAGGUGUUCAGCGCAUUCGGUAUCAUGUUUGCUGCUUUGAUGGGGUUGGCCCUCGGACAAAGCAUCAAUUUUGAGAAGGAUGCAAGAAUGGUUGAUCGAAUGCAGGGCUUCUGUGCCUUUCCGACGUUGCUGUCGGUGAUAGUUCUUGUUAUUGGCAUCUUCUUGAAGGAGAGCAAGACCAAGUUCGUUGGUGAAACUGGAGCUGGUGAAGAUGCACUUGACCCAAAUGAAUACAGCUUCAUGCAGAUGAUCCGACCUCUGGUGAUGGGGACUGUGGCUGCGGUGGCGAUGCAGUUCACUGGUUACAAUGCUGUGAUGAAUUAUGCGCCGAUUAUCAUGGGGAGCUUGGGGAUGCAACCUCUUGUGGGUAACUUUGUGAUAAUGCUGUGGAACUUUGUGACGGCACUGGUUGCAAUCCCGCUUGCCUCAUGCUUCACGAUGCGUCAGCUGUUUGUUGCGACCACUCUUGUGGGAUCUGUUGCAUGUUUGUUCCUGUGCGGUGUCCCUGUGUAUCCUGACGUUGCAUCAACAAACGUGAAGAACGGUGUUGCAAUCACUGGGAUUGCUGUGUUCAUUGCUGCGUUUGAGUUUGGCCUUGGUCCGUGCUUCUUCGUACUGGCUCAGGAUCUGUUCCCGCCAUCGUUCCGUCCGAAGGGUUCCUCCUUCAUGAUACUUCUUAUGCUUGUUUUUACUUUUGUCAUCAGUGUGUGCUACCCGAUUGCGACGAACGGCAUCUCUGGCGGUCCGUCUGGUAACCAGGACAAGGGCCAGUCAAUUGCCUUCAUUUUCUUUGGUUGCAUUGGUUUGGUGUGCUUUGUCGUGGAGUUGUUCUUCCUGUUCCCUUGGAAGGGGAGCGAUGCGAAGGCUACUGAUGCUGAGUUUCCAGUGGAGAUUGAUGAACAAUCACCAAUUGAGGUUGCCACUCCUCAGAACCGACGGGUAGCAUGA